GAGAAAACAGCGGACCGGAUUCUAAGUAAUUUGCUUAUAAAUUUAUUUAAUAAUUUGAAUGAUAGUGUGAUUUCGCCUCGUUUUAAUAUGAAAAAAGUUUCCUGAUUCUAAGUAAAUUGGUUUAUUUGUCUUACUAUAACUGCGGAAACAAAGGAACCAAAAUUUUGUAAAAAGGGACAAUUUGAGAUGAAUAUGCAUUUUAUUUAAAUGGCUCAAAGAAACAAGUUUCCUGCAAUCAAUAAUUUUAUCCUCAAAAACUAAACCAACUCCCUUUUGACAAAUAUUUUCUUUUAUCAUGAAUCAGUGUUGAACUUGAAAUGGAGAAAAUACAUCACCAUUUAGCAGCAAGAGUUGACAGAAAGACCAAUGCCUUUGUGUAUUCAUAGGAUAGAUUUCUACCUAACAAAAGUCGUAAAUAUAGAUGUUGAAAUUUUAGUAAAGGUUGUUCAAUGUUUUUGAAAGACAAACCACGUGAUAAAAGUCGUGGAAGAAAAAUAGAAGCAAAAUGUUUGAACUUUAGAAGGCUUGAUUAUUAGGUUUGGUGUCUCUAACAUUAUAAUAAGACAACAAUUAAACAAGUACGUAGGGAUGCGAUUUAGUAGCCAAAUUAGCAUAUGUCACUCCUCAGUGUCCAAAUCAUCUGGUUUAACCAAACCAGAAAAAAUAUUAUUCAAAAACCAAGUUGAAAAGUCAAACAAACCAGAAAAUGUUGAACCAAACUUUCGAUUGAUAAAUUUACUAUUACCAACAACCUAACCGGCUACCAAUAUGUUUGAUUUGGUAUACUUUUCCAAGUUUGAAAUUUAAACUAUGUUUGGUCCACAACUGCUAAAUUUAGCUGCCGUCUGCUCCAAACAAUCAAACAUUAUGCUCGGACUAUAGUCUUAACUCUUAUCUUUUCCUCAUUGAUGGCUUUAAUUUUUUUCUUUCUUUCAAAACAUACACAUACAACUGAACGCUCAAAAAACCAGUUGGGGAACUUCCUGGGAAGCAGCCUAUAUUCAAUCACCACGUUCUGUUGAAUUCAAAACUUCAUUCAAACUUUGCAUCUAAUCGAACACUACUAUAUAAGUAAAUACUUAUAAAUCCAUAAACACUAACAACAAGUUUCAUUAUCUAAUAAAGAGAGUCAGAGAGAGAGAGAGAAAAGGAGUGAGUUAAACUGUCUUCAAAUAUAAUGGUGAACAAAGGUGUUCUAGGUUCGAUUCUGUUCGUGAUGUUGGUUGGUUCGGUUCUUGUUGAGACUCGUCCGCUUGAUCUAACUAAGACUGGAGAGAAGAAGCUCGUAGCUGGCUUCUUUGAUGGCUUGUCACUUGGUUCGAUCAAAGGCUCAGGUCCUAGUCCAGGCAAGGGUCAUAAUUUCGUGGACCGGAGCGAUACGUUUCAGUUUGAUAAGCACUCCGGCCCAAGCCCAAGCGGACCCGGUCACUAAUUAUUCAAAUCUUUAGUUCAUACCGGGACGGUUUAAGAGUACUACAUCCACGUCUAGGUCCAAAACAUUAUUUCAUUUUUAUUACAUUUUUACAUAGAAAGAAGAGAGGGAAAAAUCGAGAAGAGAAUGUCUUAAUAUUUUCCUGUCAAUAGAAUUAUCGUUUGUAAGUUAUUUAAUUCUAUUUGAUAAUGUACAAUGUGAACUUUGAUUCUGAUCAAUAUGACUUUUAAUUUAAUAAUAAACAUUACAAAGUGAAUAU